AUGUCUUCGUUAAAUGAACGGGAGUUAUCCACGCGAGCGGGGUUUACUGAUGUCGCCAUCAAAAGCACGGAUGGAUUGCUACACGGCCGAAAAGUUGGGAAGCCCUCCCAUGCCUAUAGCACUAGUUUAGGAAGUCGAUAUGCUGGUUUCCUUGGUCUCAUCAGUACAACAAUUUUCAGCAGUCUCCUUUUAGUGGCGGACAAACGAAAUGCCGCAAUAUCGGGCGGUAUCGUGUAUGAUGCAAUCGUUCAUAACCGAGCCUCCGUCCAGAUUAUAGUUCAAGUUAUCGCAGCUGCACUUGGACUUAUUCAGGUGGCGGCAAUAUGUCGCCUCUUUAACUAUGCUACUAGAAUCCGCCUAAAGCAACGUGCGAUCCCCCUUGAUCUGCUGAACUUCUGGAACGGAAUCAGUCUAUCUUCGAUGCGAUGGAACUUACGUUGGAUGUAUCUUCUACUUCUUCUUAUAUUUACGUCUGUUUGUGCGAUUCCUUCUGCAUUGUGGGCAGGUGCAAUCACGCCUAUCGAUACUCAUAAAGUGCGGCCGGCAAACGUCACAAUUCCUCAAUAUUCAAACAUGUCCUCAGUCAAAGAAUGGCCUUCCGAGAUUGAUGCAGACGGUCCGCAAUUUAGAACCGAGAAAGGAUAUUUUACUUAUUCCCCUGCUAUGCAUUACCUGGGGCUCCUUUCACAAUCUCUUUCUACAGCGACAACUAUGGACGGUUCGCCACGCCAACAUGGAAAGUUUGACAACACAAAGUUCUUAUACAUCGGUCGAUCAUAUGGAAUAGGCGCGUCAGUAGGCCUCGCCGAUGAUGAUAUCCUAAGCAAUACGAUUACCACGGGAUAUAAAUAUCAAGAAGUAGGAUACUCAGCUGCAACCAAGUGUAUCUACAACCAGUCUUCCGAUUUCACCAUAAUUCAUAACGGCUUGCAGUUAUUUGCAGCCAGGGGUCGACUACCCGACUCUGGUCUCAAUACUACAGGAGAAUAUUCUGUUUAUCUUGGACAUUCAGUCAAUUCGCUUGUUGCCAUUGGUGUUGCUGCCGCAAACACGGGUUACAAUCCAAGGUACCUUGCGAUUGCGGCUGGAAGCGAUUAUGGAUAUUUGAACACGACUCAAUGCAGAACUGAGUUCAUUCCAUCACUCUUCAAUGUAUCCGUCGCACUUGCCGGGAAAAACAUCACUGUAACACGAGCAAACGCGACGACAGAAGAUAUCGAACCAAGCGGAAAUCUAACGCAUGUCGUUGAAAGACAAUUUGAGUUAGCCUCGAAUGAUCUGACGGGUAUUUAUCAGAGCAUUCUUGGAAGUGCGCUUAACUUCAGCAUCGCCGAUUAUCAAACAUUUGUCAAUAGCUCCUCCUUCAAUGAGUUGAGGCCAACAGAUGAAGAGAUAAAUUUGACGGGAAUACAAAAUUCUGUCACAGCAAUGAUCGAUGACCUUCUCGUCGCAUACGCGAGCGCGCAACUGAUGAUCGCCAACGAUACCAAGACGGUCGAUGCGAUAGUCACUUAUGCUGCCGUACGCCUCGGUCAGCCAAUCUACGUAUACUCCGUCUUUUUCAUCAACCUUGCCAUCAUACUUGUGGUUAUGAUUGAAGCGUUCAGAACUCGGAGCUGGACUCAUCUCACACCGUUUGAUUAUAUUGAUUUGAGUGCGCUUGCAGUUGCUAGCUCUAGAGGUGGAUAUCAUUUGUCUAAUGCACUUGCGGCUGUUGGUAGAAAGGUCGAGAAUAUCAAUACGGAUUUGAGAUUGCGACAGACGAGUACUGGGUUCAGUUUAGGGCUGGCUAAGAUGGACCCUGAUGAGAAUAUACAGAGUUGGAUAUGA